GGAAGCUCCGCGCGGUAGUCGUCGGCGGCGGCGCGGCCGCGGGUGGGAGGGGACACGGCGGGCGGGCGGGCGGGCGGGCGCGCUGGGACGCUGCUGGGGCUCCCGCCCGAGGUUCCUGGCAGCAAUCGGGCCUGCGAAGCCGGGCGCGGGCGGGCGGGCGGGCGGCGGGCGAGGCAGCCGGCGGGCGCAGAGGGGCAGCGCGCGGAGCGGAGCCGCCGGGCGGAGCGGGCUCGAGCCCGGGUCUCCGCGCCUCGAGUCGGGGCGGCGGGGGCGGCGAUGUUCCACUGCAUCCCCCUGUGGCGGUGCAACCGUCAUGUGGAGACCAUCGACAAGCGCCACUGCUCGCUCGUCUACGUCCCGGAGGAGAUCUACCGCUACGCCCGCAGCCUGGAGGAGCUGCUGCUGGACGCCAACCAGCUCCGCGAGCUGCCCGAGCAAUUUUUCCAGCUGGUCAAAUUAAGAAAGCUUGGACUUAGUGAUAAUGAAAUUCAGCGGCUCCCUCCAGAAAUAGCAAACUUCAUGCAGCUGGUGGAACUCGAUGUGUCCCGGAAUGAUAUUCCUGAAAUCCCAGAAAGCAUCUCAUUCUGUAAAGCACUACAGAUAGCUGACUUCAGUGGCAACCCACUGACCAGAUUACCAGAAAGUUUUCCUGAAUUACAGAAUUUGACAUGUCUUUCUGUAAAUGACAUCUCAUUGCAGUCCCUGCCCGAAAAUAUUGGCAAUCUUUAUAACCUGGCUUCACUGGAACUGAGAGAGAAUCUUCUUACAUAUCUUCCUGACUCUCUUACCCAACUGCGGAGACUUGAAGAACUUGAUUUAGGAAACAAUGAAAUAUAUAAUUUGCCAGAAUCAAUCGGAGCUCUCUUACACUUAAAGGAUCUCUGGUUGGAUGGGAAUCAGCUGUCAGAAUUACCUCAGGAAAUAGGAAAUCUGAAAAGCCUGUUGUGCCUAGAUGUCUCUGAAAACAGGUUGGAAAGACUUCCUGAAGAAAUCAGUGGCCUGACUUCAUUAACGGAUUUAGUCAUUUCUCAGAACUUACUAGAAGUGAUUCCGGAUGGCAUUGGAAAACUAAAGAAACUGUCAAUCUUAAAGGUGGAUCAGAACAGACUCACACAGUUGCCUGAAGCGGUUGGGGACUGUGAAAGCCUCACUGAAUUAGUUCUUACAGAAAACCGGCUCCUGACCUUACCUAAGAGCAUUGGAAAACUUAAGAAGUUGAGCAACUUGAAUGCAGACAGAAAUAAAUUGGUGUCACUACCAAAAGAGAUUGGCGGGUGCUGCAGCCUCACUGUGUUCUGCGUGCGUGACAAUAGACUGACUCGGAUACCUGCAGAAGUGUCACAGGCAACAGAGCUUCACGUCCUGGACGUGGCAGGGAACAAGUUGCUACAUCUGCCUCUUUCACUGACCACCUUGAAGCUGAAGGCACUGUGGUUAUCUGACAACCAGUCCCAGCCUCUGCUCACGUUCCAGACAGACACAGACCACACCACGGGAGAGAAGAUUUUAACUUGUGUCUUACUUCCUCAGCUGCCUUCUGAACCUAGCUGCCAAGAGAACCUGCCCCGCUGUGGCGCGCUGGAGAGCUUGGUGAAUGAUGUCUCCGACGAAGCCUGGAAUGAGCGUGCAGUAAACAGAGUCAGUGCAAUCCGAUUUUUGGAAGAUGAAAAAGAUGAAGAAGACAAUGAAACGAGAACACUUCUGAGGCGAGCCACUCCACACCCCGGGGAGUUAAAGAACAUGAAAAAGACAGUGGAGAAUUUACGGAACGACAUGAAUGCUGCUAAAGGACUGGAUUCCAACAAAAAUGAGGUCAAUCACGCCAUUGACCGAGUAACCACUUCUGUGUAGAAUUCACCUCCAAGUUUUACCUCCUGUGUCUUCCCCUGCUGUUGAGAUGGUCCCAUCUGCUUCUGAGGCAGUCCUUCGUCUUGGCCAGAACAUGCAAGUUGCCGCCUGUGUGGCAUGUGGGAUGCUGCUCUCUCCAAGGAAGUGCCUUACUCUACUCCGUCAGCCAGUCAUCACCCCAGUGCUCUCCCAGCAUCGUGUUUUUUUUUUUUUUCUUUCUAAUUUUUAGUUAUUUGUGAUGAGUAGAACACACUACUGUAAACA